AUUAUUUUCUCGCCGCGUUAUUGCAAUAUGGACUUAUUGGCAAUAAUGUCUUAAAGCCAAGUUCAGACCUAACAACUGGAGACGCUUAAAUCCAAUUUUGGGGUAAGUUUCUUCUUACUAUAUAAACUGAUUCCCAGCUGCAUCUUUCAUUUCAUCAAACCACACACAAAUAUAGCAAAACGAUUGCUCUCCACUCACACAUAUCUAUAGAGAGAUAGUUAACAAGUAAUUGUUAAGAGUAGCUAGCCAAUGGGUUCUCUACCUGCUAGCGUUAUCACUUGCAAGGCGGUAGUGUGUAAAGAAGUGAAAAAGCCGGGGCAGUCUUACAGAGAUGUAAUUGAGGUGAUGGACAUACAGGUAGAUGUGCCACAAGGCGCGGAGAUCAGGGUCAAGAUGUUGUCCGCCGGUAUCUGUCACACCGAUAUUUCAAACAUCAGAGGGUUCAUGACCAAGCCAUAUCAUUUCCCAAGAGUUCUUGGGCAUGAAGGUGUUGGGAUCGUGGAGAGCGUGGGGCCGAAAGUGAAAGGUUUUGAAGUCGGCGACAUGGUCAUCGCUCCGACGUACGGGGAGUGCGGGGAAUGCAGCAGCUGCAAAUCGGGCCGGACCAACGUCUGCCAGAAGUACGGCGCUAGAGACCCGCCGAUGGAGGCCGACGGCAGCUCAAGGUUCUCUUUCGUCGACGGGAACGGGAAGAAGCAGUAUCUCUACUAUUUCCUCGCCCUCUCCACGUGGACACAGUACAUGGUCGUCGACUCCAACUACGCCGUCAAGCUCAACGACUACGAUUUCCCCGCGGCGCACGGUUGCAUCCUGUCUUGCGCCUUCGCCACAGGCUACGGCGCGGCUUGGCUCGACGGCGGCGUCCGGCCAGGAGACACCGUCGCCGUCUUUGGUGUGGGGUCCGUUGGUCUCUCGUCUGUGAUAGCGGCGAAGGAUCUUGGAGCGAAGAAGAUCAUCGGGAUAGAUAAGAACGAGCGGAAGAGGCAAGUGGCGUUAUCUCUGGGAGCGACCGACUUCAUCAACUCGGAAGGGUUGGGCACGAUGACGGUGUCCGACAAAGUAAUGGAGCUGACCGGCGGGAAGGGUGCGGAUUGCUGCAUCGAAGCUUCCGGCUCCGACGCCCUAAUGAACGAAGCCAUGAAAUCUGCUCUCCCGGGCAAGGCCGAAACAGUAAUUUGUGGAGCCGGAAUCUUCCCCGACGACAUGCUGAAGUUGGAUUUCACAAAGUUCCUGUUCGGAAACAAGAUGACCGGGUGCAUAUAUGGCAGGGUCAAAAUCAAGUCCGACCUCCCCUUUGUUCUGGAGAAGGCCAAACAGCCGGACAUCAAAGCCGGGAUUAACAGGAUUCUGGCGUACGACGAGAAGACCAAGGAGUGCGGGUACCAAGUGGACAUCCGAAACGGCAGUGAAGCCAUAUACACAAUGCUGGAGAAGUAUCUGGAAGAUCCAGAAGCCAUCAAAAUCAUCAUCAAGCUCAACGAUGAAGAUGAACCCAAGAGGCCUCCGGUGAAACCGAUCCACUUUUGAUCGAUCAUCGCCCCAGGCGGUUGGACCAUGCACGUAUCAGCUUGGAGAAUAUAAUGCAACUUUUCUACGUACGAUAUGUCAGAUUGAAAAUGCGUACGUACUAAGUAGUUUAACAUGAACAAUAUAAUGUAAACGUAAAAUAAAGGCCUCUGUGGUUCAGUUUCUCUGUUGUCGUUUUUGCUUGUAAUCUAUUUUAUCACCAAACAAUACAUUUGGUGGCGGGUCUCAAUUAUUAUCAAUAAUGGAUUGAUCAAUCAUCCUUAUCUAUGUAUUUAUGAUGGAGCAUGAAGUGUUCCUUCUCUGCCUCUACCUCAAGUCAAAGAGCAGCCAAGAAAUGAUGCACGUUCAAGACAUGAUGCAUGUUCCCUAUCUAUUUGCGGCCUGAUGCACU